GCUAAAUGUAAUUUAUUCACUAAAUCUACCUUAUUUACAAUAGGUCAUAUAGGCUUGCAUUCACAACUUCAUUGUCACAUCACCAAACACACUCACACUCUUUCCCCUACACGCCCCAAAACGCACAGCAUACCUCACCUCAACAUUCACAUAUACUCGCUUACACUCACAUCAACACUCAAAAUAUCACAACACUACAAAUGUCUGUUUAAAGAAAUACACAACAAUUCAUAUGUUUCUGGGAAAGAUUUCCGCCCGUAAGCCCCAUAUUGUUUAAAAUCAAUAUUUGCCUAAGAAUAUACAUAUAUGUUUCUUAUAUACAGCCUAUACCUAACCCUAACCCUAAAAUCUAACCCUAAACCCUCGAAAUAAUCCUAAUAAAUAGAAUACAUUUCAAGCGUGGAUUACGGGCGGAACUCUUACCACCAGUUGAAUAUUCAGGAAAGCCAGCCAACCUGACACGCACAUACACUCUACAACUGGUUGCCAGCUCUCACUUUUCAAAUCAAUCCUUAUAUACCCCCAAGCUACUUGAUUGACCCCAAGCUUACUACCCACAUACAAUCAAUGGUGUUUCAUACUGCACACCUGCAACACAACAAUCGCUCACUGCUUACAUCACUGACCUAGCUCACAUGUCCUCAAUCCAAAUUUCUCACACCUCAGACAUAGAAUAAAACAUACAUUACACUAAUUGUGAUCUUGACAGUCUGUAUGCUGUCAUUCUGAAGACCCUGUUUCAUUCCCAGAAUAGCAGAACACUGUGGAACCCAUUUUUGUUUUCGUCGACAGUUGCAUGGCUUGAAUAAUGUUUAAACUCAUGUUUGAACCUCACUGGCUGACUGACUGACUGACUGACUGACUGACUGACUCACUCACUCAGUCACCCACAGCACCGAAUGGCUGGAGAUUUGCCGACCGUCACUCAGAAAGACAUGCAUUAAGUCUGCAACUGACUUCAUGAUUGCAUGUACAUUUAUUACACACACACCUCCCGUCGCUGACAUUACACAUUCGUUGUAGAAUAGGCUGGUGACGCAUGGCGAUGUGAUAAGGAGUGGACGUCCCAGUACUCGCCAUGUUCAGCAUACUGAUUCUAGGUUACAAAUAACGACUCACCUUGGAAAGGUAGGUUGCGAAGUGAACUACUGUAGCAAAGACGAUUCUUUAGACACAGCGUUUUGAAGUAACGCCAACGAGUGAAGUAUUAAUGAUUAGGAUUAACAUAACCAAUAGAUCUAAUGAACACAGCUGAAAACAAACAUAUAUAUAUCUUGAUUGUCUAGGAACCCUCAACUUCUAUAUACCUAUAGAUCAGAAAAAUUGUAGGUGCAAUUCGGAAAUUCCUCUGUAUUUAAGCAGGUUUUUUCUUUUAACAAGGUUUCAUUACUUACCCAGAAUUCCUAUUUGCAGUAUCUCCCGAUUAGGGCCAUGGGUUCUAUUAGGACCUGUCAUUCGUGGCAGUACUAAUACAUUAGCAGUGCCAUUCCAGUACCAGUACUUGCAAUGAUGCGUGCCCGAUACUUACAUCAUGAAGACUGUUUAAUGUGUUUCUCUACAUUGGCAGAACGAUCUUCACAAAGUCUACCACUGUUUGGAGUAGAAGCGUGACCAGAUACUUUACACAGGACUACCUCGAAUACGUGAAUUAGUCUACACUGGUUACAUCUUAUAGGUCUCAGACAUGAUGAAGGGAUCCUGCUUGUGUGUUUUCGUCAGCGUCUGCCUGUCUACACACAUCACAGAAACAGCUGUGUUGGACAGACUUAUCCGAGAUGAGUUCAUUUCUUGGGCUCCUGGAGAAGACGUCCCGGAUUUAUCAGUUUUCUCGCCGACCAAACAAGCAGCAGACGCCUCUUCUGACACCAUCCCCCCAGCCAUGGUCAGCGACCUUCGGGUGGCCAGUUAUGACGUUAAAACCCAGAUCGUGACGCUGACGUGGACAGCUCCCGGAGAUGAUGGCCACACUGGAACAGCCAAGCGGUUUGACAUCAGGAUGGCAGAGUCCCGGACACAGAUACAAACUAAUUUCUCGGCUUCUCCAAAGGUGGAGCGAGACAUGCUGUUGGCCGGGCAACUAACGACCAAAGCAGCCGGAACACCACAGCAAAUAAUGUUUGAGAUUCCAAAUAAGGCCAUUUGGAAAGAGUAUGUGUUUGCUCUGAAGACGUUUGAUGAGGUAAAUAACGAAUCCCCCGUGUCUGUUACAAUCCCCCUUCCUUAUUCAUCAUAUGUGACUCACAUGACAGCAGCAGCAACAGCAGUAGCAGCAGCAGCGGUGACAAAAGCGGUGUCGACCCCAAGAGGCCACUCGACAACGCAGUCACAUCAGUCACACAUGUCACCUCCAGCCAAGAGACCAGACGUUGGCGUCAUUGUGGGGGGUUCACUCUGUGGCGUGGCCGGAGCUGCAGCGACAACUGGAAUAGUGAUCAAGGUGUUGUACAAGAAAAAGACUAAACUACAACCACAUCCAUUGGAAGCCAAAAUGACGGAACCGUCUGUGCCUCGUGAAAACUUUGCCAUUAUCAAUUCAACCAAAUAAGCAGGUCUGAAUCACAGGUCCUCGUGUCUUUGCGAGGAUUUAAGAUUUAAAAAAAAAUGUUUUUGAGAUGACCCCCGAAUCUAAAUGCUUCACUGUACAAAUACAUCAUGACAAAACCGGACACUUCGGUGUACCCCACCCGCCUGCUUUGCCGAUCGCUACGAAGCAAGCCCUCUGAUAUCUCAACGCUUGUAAAUCUGCAGAUUCUUCAUAAAUUUUUCGCGGGAAUUUUUACUUUCAUCGACUGCUUGACUUGGAAAUGUAAGAUUUCUUUUACCAGCAAGGGCUUCUCAGAAGAAAGCAUCAGUUGUAAAUGUCUCCUUAACGAGCCUCAGCCAACCAGAGGUCUUGCUUCGACCACACCUCCGUUCUAUGCGGAUAUAAUAUUAUCGUCAUCCAUUUGUGUCAAGUUCGUUUAGUUGAGAGUCAAAAUCGGGUUUCAAUCGA